GUCAACCUUAAACCAGCUAUAUGAUAAAUACAAGACGCCACCAGCUCAUCAGAUGACUGUGGAGCCAUAUCAAACAUAUCUAAAGUUUGUGGAGCAGCUGUUGCAGCGACACCUGCUCUUCAGAAACACCCUGCAGGAGCGUUUAUCUGCUGAACACUGGAAAUCUCUGGUUGGAGACAUCCUGGUGCAGCUCAUCGGACAAAAUGAUACAGCCUUUUCAGACAUGUACCUUGGAUACACGACUACACUGGCGUCAUUCCUCUCAUUGGAGUUCAACAGACUCAAUCAUUCUGAGAAAAUGCAGAGUGGCCAGAUGGAGAGAGAGGAGAUGAAGCUGCUCUCCCUGCUGUUGGCGCCUGUCUCUCGCAUACACAGCUACCUGAGCCACAUUCAGAACUUGCUGCAGUGGACGGGUAAAGAACAUCCUGACUGCAGCCUCCUGCUGGGAACUGAGCGAGCGCUGAGGAGCAUUUUGUCUCGCUGCCAUGUGACCUUGGAGGAAGACGUCCGAUGGGAGGAAGGAGAAGGAGCUGGACAAAGCAGCUGCUCUGACGCAGUGGCUGGAGGAUCCUCUGCAAACUGUUGCACCAGGAGCCAAAAGACCAGAGAGUCUCAGCAGGAGUCCAACACUGCAGCUCAGAGAGACGACCAGCAGGCUGUCAAUCUCACUAAUGGAGUCGAUGGUUGUCACUCAAUGCGUGUGGAGUGUUGGUCCUGCAGCCCAGUGAGGAGGAAGGACUGUGGAAGAGACCGGGCCCUCCUGAACCAGCCGGCCCGUGACUGUGGACAUGCCUACUGCUCCCUCCUCACCCCCGACGCUGCAGCAUGGGGAGAGAACAGCGACUCAGGCCAGGGCACCUACAGCCAGCCCACUGGGAAAGGCACCAAUGGGCUGGAGGCCCCUCACACCAACCACAGUCUCGAGGACUGCGAGACAGACCCUGACGACACCUCAGCCUUCGACUACUCCUCUGUCACCUCCUGCAGCCCUGACGGCACCCUGCGCAGGGAGAUGAUGGGCAGCAACAGUGGGGAGGAUGAAGAGGACAGCCAGGUGCCAGUGCUGUUGAAGCCCUCAUACAACCAGCAACAGCAGCAGCAGAGGGAGGCACCCAGAGAGAGGACUGUGUGUCUGAGGUGGCAGAUUCCCAGAUUAACGCCUCACCCUCCUCUGAGAAACACUGCAGGGUCACGUGUGGAUGGGCCUACGCCGUGCCUCGUCAGCUCUUACGGGAAGAGGCUGGUCAGUGUCAGGAAGGGGUCGCCUCCUCUACAUCCAAAAAGUGCCUUCAGGCCCAUCUGGGAUGAUCCAUCCAAACAGGCUGAUUCAGCUCCAGAGAAAGACAACAGACAAGGCUUCAUACCAAUUCAAGCCCCGGCGAGGCAAAGCUUUCAGAAUUUCAACCCAAGCAGAGAAAAUCUGAGACCAGGCAUGUCCCAGCAGAGAGGCAACCAUGCAGCAGCCAUGAGCGGUGGAGGACUGUGGGACGACAGUGAGGACAGCGAGGGACCCUGCAGCACUGUUUGACCCCUCUGCAAACACGAGGACUAUCACUAAAAACUGUUGCACACAAAACUUUUUAGUUACAAUCCAACGCGAGCCCAAGCUGUGACUUCUGAGAUGAUGACACUUUCCCCCAAAAGGCCAUGGCAGCAACGUAAAUACGUGAAUGAGGAAUGAGUGAUCCUGAAAAAGUUUUUUUUCUCUGUCAAGCUGAACCUUUUAGGAACAUGAGAGACAUUAUUUUGUUUGGUUCAAUUACAUUUUGACGUGCAAUUAAAAGAGAGCAACA